UAUUCUGUUUUAAUUUUAGUUGGUGUCCUUAUCUUGUUGGCUUAGGGUUUAGAUACAAUCAUGAUUUUGAGACCCUGAAAGUGGUUUUAUGAUCCUUUCUUUGCUGUCAACCAUAUAUUGGGUAUAGUUCUUCAUUGUUUUACUAAUAUUUCUUCUCAAACUAGUCAUAAGCAUGUACUCAGGCUGGUGUGAUGGUGUUUAGGUCAAAGAGAUGGGCGAGAGUAGUAUGCCGUCAGAUGCAAUCAAGGGAUCCGAGUCAGCUGCUGAGAAGAAGAAAGGUUUUGAUUGGAUGAAGUUGAUGAGGCCACUCAAUGAAGAGAAAGAUCACUGGGUUCCCGAUGAAGCUGUUCGAAAGUGCACUGCUUGUGGGACAGAUUUUGGUGCUUUUAUACGAAGACACCACUGCAGAAAUUGUGGCGAUAUUUUCUGUGACAAAUGUACUCAAGGUAGAACUGCUUUGACUGCAGAUGAAGAUGCCCAACCAGUUCGAGUUUGUGACCGAUGCAUGGUAUGCCUGCAUCUAAUUAUAUCCACUUAUGACUUUCUCUAAGUGGCUUUGUUAUUUUCAUCUUUACACUAUCUUCUAGCACAUAGGAUUGGAUCUUGCUUUUUUCCCAGUAGUUUUCUGCGAUAAC